CUAUCUUUGCUAAAUAGUUUUCAACUUAAUCCAGUGACUCCAAAGUCCUCCCAAAGGGGUUUUCCAACAGGCCUGUGUGAACCAAGGCUGCUACUGCCCAGCAGCUUCCCAAGCUGGGGUAGGAGCAUCUCUCCUGCUCACUCUCCAUGGCAGGCUGUGCUUUACUUUCCCUCCCAUCUCUCCUCUCUUGGACAGGGCACAGUGUGUUUCAGGCCUAAAGCUCAUCCCAUAGCACAUUUCAUUAAUUACAGAGAUGGACAAAGGGGUGGGAAUUCCUCUCUAGACAAGUGGCAGAACCAAACAUGACAGAUCUGGGGGCUGGGUGGGUCCUUCUUGAUCCUGCUGCAUUUGCUGCCACAUCCCCCCACCUACCUGUGUGCCCCUCAGCUCCCCCAUCACCUGCACCUUCACUGAUGCCUUUUUAUCUGAUCCUUGCAGACAAUCCUAGUUGGAGACAGCGGUGUGGGGAAGACGUCUCUGCUGGUCCAGUUUGACCAGGGCAAAUUCAUUCCUGGUUCCUUCUCUGCCACCGUGGGCAUUGGGUUUACGGUGAUGUUACUUGGAGACUCGGGCGUGGGGAAAACCUGCUUCCUGCUCCAGUUCAAAGACGGGGCUUUUCUCUCCGGGACGUUCAUAGCCACCGUGGGCAUAGAUUUCCGGAACAAAGUGGUGGUCGUGGAUGGUGUGAAGGUGAAGUUGCAGAUCUGGGACACAGCAGGACAGGAACGUUUCCGCAGCGUCACCCAUGCCUACUACCGGGAUGCCCAAGCCCUGCUCCUGCUCUAUGACAUCACCAGCAAGAUGUCCUUCGACAACAUCCGUGCCUGGCUGACGGAGAUCCAUGAGUAUGCCCAGAAGGACGUGGUCAUCAUGUUGCUGGGCAAUAAGGCUGAUGUGAGCAGUGAGAGGGCUGUGAGGACAGAGGAUGGAGCAUCACUGGCCAGGGAGUAUGGAGUGCCUUUCAUGGAGACGAGUGCCAAGACAGGCAUGAACGUGGAGCUGGCCUUCCUGGCCAUUGCCAAGGAGCUGAAGCAGCGUGCAGUGCAGUCUCUGGAUGAGCCCCGCUUCCAGAUCCAUGAUUACAUCGAGUCACAGAAGAAGAAAUCCAGCUGCUGUGCCUUCUCCUGAGGGUAGCCCAGAGGAGCUGGCAGGCCUGGGGGCCCAGGCAGGAGGCAGAGCAAGGCCCAGUCCUGCCCUCAAGCACUGGACGGAACCAAGCUUUGACAAGCCAAGGUGGAUGGGGCAGUACAGUGGAGCAGAGUGCAUGAGGAGAGCCCUUGUCCUGAUGCCAAGAUUCAAAUCCUGCUGCCCUGCAGAGCAAUGACCUGUGUGCCACCAUAGAAAUCACUAUGGUGUGGUGACUGCCAGCCUGGGCAGCGAGCCGUGGUGAUCCAUCACCUCCAUCACAUGAGCAGGGAGCAGGACACAGCCACACACCUCACUGAGGGACCCUUGGAGUGGCUGGAGGGGCUGUGCCAUGGAUGAGCCCCCUUGUAGCCCCCGGUCCUGUCUUCCCCUGCAGCUAUUCCUGCUCACAGCACUACUGUUGUUCAACUGGAAGGGCCUGGUCCAGUUCUUGUGUCCCUGGUGCCGCCAGGCUCUGGCUUCCAUCCAAGGAACCUCAACUCUGCCCCCCUGGGCUGCCCCACACCCUGAUGUCCACGCUCACUCGGCUGUGGCUCUUCAUUUCUGCAGCUGUUGCCAAUGGCUUUUAUCCUCCUGCCACCACAAAGGCAAUGAUGUCCCCAUUGUAUCCUGGCACUGCUUGAGAAAGGCUGGAAGGGUCCAGCCAAACCUGCUCCCUGCCCACACAGCUGAUGUGAGAAGUAAAAUUCCCCUGGGAGCAUCCGAGCAAUGCUUGGGGCAUUUCUGGUACACACAGCAAUUUGGAAAAACUUUACUUCCUCCAUGUUGUAGCCACAGAAAUUAGAGAAUUUAUUUUUUUUAACAAGAAAAACCUUUUUCAUUUCAAUUCCUCCAGACUAAACCACUCCAGCCUCCUGCAGGAGAUGCCCAUGGUGGCAUGGGUGAUGGUCCAGCCCCACCACCUCCCAGGCCAGGCUGGGUUUCUCCCCCAUCACUGCCCAUGUAAUACAACUAUGCUUUCCUGCUUCUGGCAAUUAGCAGCUGGAACCCGUUUUCUGCAAACCAGAUGCCUGAGAGCCUUCAGCUAGCAAACACUGCUCUGUUGGGGCUCAGGAACAUCCCUGGUGCUCAGCCCAGCUCUGUUGCUACCUCGAGCACUCUGUCCACUCCCCUGAGCACUAUCCAGAGAGGUCAGGGAAUAUUUGGUUGUGUAGCUGAAGCAUUGAUGCAGAGAGCAGCUGUGGAGGGUAUGGCACUCCUGCACGUAGGAGCCAGGGACUGUCCACCACAUCCGUCCCCAUCAGCAUCUUCCCUGGCCCUGCGCCUGACUGCUCGUGUCUUGCCUGCCCCAGUGCCUCCUUCACCUCUGCUCUGCCCCUGGGUCUCUUCUUUGCAAGUUUACAGAUUAAAACUGAGUAUUUUUGAGGCUUUG